AUGGCGAGUGGCGAGCCGCGGAGGCUAGCAAGUGGCGAGUCGUGGAGGCUGGCGACUGGCGAGUCCUGGAGACAGUCGUCCGGCCAGUCCCCGAGCGUGGCGAAGGUGCAGGCGAUGCUGAUGGCAAGGAUGACUGAACUUUCUACGCGUCUCCGCUCUCUCCCUCUCUCCCGCCGACGCUCCGCCUCCGCGCCGACGCUCCACCUCUCUCGCCACCUCUCCCCCUCUCCCGCCGACGCUCCGCCUCCGCGCCGCCGCCCACCCUCCGGCUACCACGGCGUUCGGGCGCGGCCAAGCGGCCGAUUCGACGCGGAGAUUCGUUCCGGCGAGGAGCGGAUCCGCCUCGGCACCUUCGACACGGCGCACGAGGCGGCGCGGGCCUACGACGCCGUCGCGUGGCGGCUGGGCAGCUCCCGCCGCCAGAUGAACUUCCACGACGUGUUCACGCGGGAGCAGGCGGAGAUGCUCGCGCCGCCGCCGCCGAUGAUCACGCGGGAGCAGCAGCACCUGCUCAUCGCCGAGCGCGACGAGGCGCUCCGCGUUGAAUGGGCGCGCCGCUUCCCGGAGGACGUCGCCGCCACGGCGGCCUUCUACGCGGAGAAAGAGAAGAAGGAGGAGGAGAAGGCGGCGGAGAAGGCGAAGAAGAAAGCUUCGCGCGAGAAGCGCCGCGCCGAGUCCGCGGCGAGAAAGGCGGCGAGGGCCGCGAAGCGCGUCGAAUCCGCGUUUACAGCGCCAGAUUUUACGACGCCUGUUGGAGAUGCUCUGAAUAGAGUUGCUGCUGCAGCGUGCGUGGAGCGUCGCUGA